AUGCCUCACAUAGCUAAGAGAAAGUCGAACAAGCAGGGCCCAGUCUUGGACAAGAGUGGUAUUCCGUACAACUACAUUGUCGUUAUUGAUGCUGGAUCCAAAGGUUCGAGGGCUUAUGUGUACAAUUGGCUGGACCCAGAAUCGUUGGUAUCUGCGGAUGAGGACAAGGGACCUGCACCAAGGGUUGAGUUGUUGAAGAGAAUAGAUAUUAAUGCCAAGGAUGGUACGAAGGAUGAUACUGAUGAUGAAGACAAUGAUAACGAUACCAAAGAGGAUGAUUCUGAUGAAGAUUCCGAAGAUGAUGAGGUGGAAAACCAAGAAAACAAGCCCCCCUCAAAAGAAGACACAGACAACAAUAAGUCCGAAGCCAAUGGCAUAGCUAAAGGCGAUCAAAAGGUAACCAAAAUGGACGUUCCAGUGAUUACAACUGAAAAAAACUGGAGGAAAAAGAUUAAGCCUGGACUUUCAGCCUAUAAGGACAAGCCCAAGAAGGUGGGCAGCAAGCACAUCAAGUAUCUCCUUGAUGCCGUAUCAGACGUGGUACCGGAGUCUCAGCAAAGCAGAACACCCGUGUUCUUGCACGCUACCGCUGGAAUGAGACUAUUAACUCCUCGUGAACAAGAGGAGGUUUUGAAGACGACCUGUGACUACAUAUCUCAGAAGUACAACUUCUAUCUGCCGGACUGCGCCUCUCACAUGAACAUCAUAGACGGAGAGGUGGAAGGUUUGUACGGUUGGAUCGCCAUGAACUAUCUCAUGAACACAUUCCAGGACUCAAGUGCAACAUAUGGUCUUCUUGAUAUGGGAGGAGCUUCCACGCAAAUAUCGUUUCAGCCGAACCAAGAAGAAGCCACUGAGCAUUCUUCGGCUCUGUACAACAUCAAGCUCGGUCCUGGAUUGGAUUAUGGAAUCUUCUGUGCCAGUUUCCUUGGUUAUGGAAUUAACCAGGCUCAUAACAAGUACAUAGACACCUUGAAGGAGCAGGCUGAAAGCACUGGUGCGGGUAAUGGCGGCAUUAUCCAUGAUCCGUGUUUGCCAAAGGGGCUCAUCAAGGAUGAUGACCCCCAGGUGGAAGGAUCCGGUGAUUUCGAGCAGUGCAUGAAACUGAUGUAUCCUUUGCUGACAAGUACCGAGCAUAGCGAGACAUCAUCGUGUUCUACAAAUGAGCCCCAGGAAGUUUCUUCCUGUCUGCUUAGCGACUCGAUUCCUAGUUUCGACUUCAAUGUGGACCGCUUUGUUGGAGUUUCCGGUUAUUGGGACGCGAUAUCUCACCUUUUAAAGUUUGAGGACAUCAAGAGCGGUGGAGCGUAUUCCUACGAGGCGUUCAGCACAGAGACAAAACGCGUUUGCGAAAUGACAUGGACGGAGUUGGAUAAACUGAACAACCGGGACAACGAUGACACAAAUGCAUUGUCUGACCUGACAGAUACAGAUCUGAAGCAACUGUGUUUCAAGUCGAGUUGGGUGCUGAGUGUACUCCAUCGUGGUUUAGGGUUCCCUGCCCUGGGAUCUGACACAGCUGAUUCUGACAAACCUCUCAGUGUGACCACAUUGGUGAAUGGUUACGAGUUCACUUGGACAUUGGGAAGAGCGGUUUUAUAUGCCAGUUCAGAAUACGCAAGAGCCAUCUACGGAGAUGAGUUCGAGGUGGGUUACUUCAAGGGAACGUCUCCAAACGUGUUUGUAAACGGCGCAGAGGUCAAGGGAGUGGCCGCGAGACCGGCCUUCUCGGAGUCUAAAGAUGGUUCUCAGAAUAAUAUCGAUACGCAAAAUGAGGUCACUGGUGGAGAGGCUGAUUCUACCGAAGAUACGUGGAUCACCAUCUCCGACCACAGGAUGUAUGGGUCACUUUCGUUUCUUGCGCUUCUUUUGGUGGUGUUAUAUCUUUUGUUUGGAAAAUCAAAGCGCAAGACCAUCGUGGAUGCUUUUAAACGCGUUUUCAGCAAGAAAACAAUACUGGAUUUGAGGCCAAAGUAUAAGCCGCUCCGGUCUUUGGAGAUGCCCCGCGAUGCGUUAGAGCUCGAUGAUAUGCUACGUGCCGAGGAAGCUACUGCUGAGUUCGAAAUUGAUGAUGAUUCUGAUGAGUUAUCGGAUGAUGGACUGGAUAUUGCUCCCCGUUGA